UUUGUUUUGUAAAAUUCCAUCACGUAUUAGUUAUGUAUCUAUGUUAAAAAUGACCAAACUUUACGUACCCAAUGCUCUGUGUGCCCUGUGUAUUUUAUGACUAAUUAACAUUUUUGCAUCCCCAAUAUACAAUGAGACCAUUGCAUGGAAUUUAGUAGACUCCAGGUGUUAUCUGUGGAAUCGUGUGCUUCAACUUUCUCUAACGGUUCUCGAUGUUUAGCUGGUUAGAACACAGUUUUCAUGUUGUGCUUUAUAAUAUCCUACACGUAUUUUAUCAGUUGUUCCUUCGUUGUAACGAAGGUAGCUCAGUUUUUGUUUUGGUGGUUCAUUUUCAUUUGGAUUUAAUUGUAGUACACUCUGAGACAUAAUUGGUCGUUGAAAGGUACCAUUAAUCUCCGUCGUCACUACAUUCUUGAGCGACGUGUAACACCAACAAGAGCGUGGUUGCCAAGUUUUUAAGUAAAGCUCGGAUAUGUGUAUGUAUAUUGUUAUAUACAUACAAAGAUCCAAGCUCACUCACACAACUGAUGGCUCAACUGAUGUUACUGUACUCAAAGAUAACUGCACUGUUACAAUGUGUUUCUGUAAUCAAAUGCAUUUUUAAGUAAUAAAGAUAAGAUUUUAUCACUACAACACUGAACAAACACUUAAUUCUGUCAAAAGUUACGCUUAAAAUGCGUUUCUUUACUUAUCACUUCUUCUCACUAACAUCAAGAAAUAUAAUCAGUUUAGAUGGAAAAUAAAAAGGGAAGAAUUUCAAUUUUCGAAGUAAUAAAACACUCACAAUUAGUUAAAUAUUUUACAAUGCUCUUUUUCUUGGUUGUAAAUUUUUUCUCUCCAACACAUUCGGAUGAACUAAAAGAAAUAGGCUUCAAGGACAGUUCAAAAUUCGGAGUAUUUUAUUCCCUACAGACCAUCUUGGACACUUUGGACGAGACAAGGUACCAGAAUAAACCCAAGGUACACCAGCUGCUGGGGGUAUUCGAGAACCACUGCAAGCCGAGGGACUCCAGGCCUCUCAGUUCUAGCAGACCAUACCCAUUCAUCGUUAUAGAAGGGGCUCAGAGAACUGGCAGACGGAUUUUAGGGAAAGCGCUAGCCAAAAGUAUAGGUGCAAAGGCAGUUGUGGGAAUCCCCAGAUGUAUGAUCAAACUGAGACACCAAUUCGACACGGAGAGUGAACUGAAGCGGACAUUCUUCGGAUUGUGCAAUUACAUCACGGCCUUCAAUAUCAGACACAUGGUGGAGAACAUGCCGGUGGUACUCAUAGGGUAUUGGAUGGAUCAAGCUACAUUUAACAUUGCCAAAGAGUAUCCCAAUGUGUUGCCUCCUCCUUCGUCCUUCAUCUACAAGUUCCCUACAGAUCUCUUGGCACCUGACAUCAUUUUCUAUCUCAACACACCCCGCGAAGACCUGCAGGGUAAUCUCCUUAACCUGGACUUCAACAGAAAGAUAAUGGAAAUCUACAGAAGAAUGAGGGAGCCAAAUGUGACUGAGAUUCACGGCAGAUAUGUGACAGAGCAAUUUAUUAAUGAACUGAGGACUGUUAUGAGAGGAAAACUUCAACACAAGUAUCCACAUCUUGUUUUAUAGUAGACUAAUCACGUCAACGUUAUAACUAUGUACAGUGUAAAUAAGUCAACCAUUGUAUUUGUAAAUAAAUAAUACCACAAUUAA